CUGCCCAGCGGAGGCCGGGGGAGGGAGCUGAAAUGCCCAUCACUUUGGGACCCGUUGGAAGGUACCACUCGCCCUCCGCUCCCGGUGGAGCUUCGCACCUCCCGGAGCAGUCAUGGCCGAGAGCUCAGAUAAAGUGCCCAUCGCCCUAGCGGGCCCAGAGGACGUGGAGCAGUGCCGCCCACCCGCGUACACCGCGGUGGCAGUGAGACCCUCCAGCCCCGGGCGGCUGCUCAAGGUCGGAGCCGUGGUCCUCGUUUCGGGGGCGCUGCUGCUGCUCUUCGGGGCCAUCGGCGCCUUUUACUUCUGGAAGGUGAAUGACAAACAUAUUUACAAUGUCCAUUAUACCAUGAGUAUUAAUGGAAAAAUACAGGAGGGAACAAUGGAAAUAGAUGCUGGGAACAACUUGGAGACCUUUAAAAUAGGAAGCGGAGCUGAAGAAGCAAUUGAAGUUAAUGAUUUCCAGAAUGGCAUCACUGGAAUCCGUUUUGCUGGAGGAGAAAAAUGUUAUAUUAAAGUUCAAGUGAAAGCUCACAUACCUCAGGUGGAUGCCAAGACUAAACAGAGCAUCAGCUCAGAACUGGAAGGCAAGAUCAUGCCAGUUAAAUUUGAAGAAAAUUCUCUGAUCUGGGUAGCUGCAGACCAGCCUAUUAAAGAUAACAGCUUCCUGAGUCCUAAAAUCCUAGAACUUUGUGGAGAUCUGCCUAUUUUCUGGCUUAAACCAACACAUCCAAAAGAAAACCAAAGAGAACGAAGAGAAAUCUUGAGAAAAAUUCAUCAAGCUACUACAAGAAGAGCAAACAGUAGACCACAGGGUAAUUCAAGAUCUGUAAGGCCAGUUAAUGAAACAAGGCCCAGUAUUCAAGAGGAUACAGAACGCUUCAAUCCAGAUAAUCCUUACCAUCAACUAGAAGAGGGUGAAGGCAUGACAUUUGACCCCAGACUAGAUCAUGAAGGCAUCUGCUGUAUUGAGUGUCGGAGGAGUUACACUCACUGCCAAAGGAUCUGUGAGCCUCUUGGUGGAUACUUUCCCUGGCCAUAUAACUACCAAGGUUGUCGCUCAGCUUGCAGAGUAGUCAUGCCCUGUAGCUGGUGGGUAGCCCGUAUUUUAGGUAUGGUAUGAGAGGGUUUCCUAUCCUAGGCACAAUAACUAAGGCAAGAAAAAAAAAAUUGAUGAAAUGAUGAGACAACAGCGCGAAGAUGAAGAUUCUUGGAAUUGAGGACACUUUAGUAUAUAAUCAUGUGUCAUAAUUAGAUCACUCUAGAGGCCUUUUUAUUUUCUAUUGCUUUAAAUUUUCAAUGAUUUAUGAUUUAUUUCCAAUGUAUUUUCUCUCAGCAUAGGAAAAAUCCACCAAAAAAGGGGGGGGGGGGCGGCAAUAUGACACCAGAAACAUACAUUAAUCUCUUUCUUUUUCCCUAUGCAAUCUUUUUCGCUUUACAAUUUGUUUAUAAAUACCACCAUAUUCCUCUGUUCUAAAGUAUAUGUGAAAAGUUAUGUCCAAUUAGUCUAAAACUCAAUUUCUACAUUUGGAAGUCCCUUUCAAACCACUGAAUAAGUCACAAGUCAAGUUGUCCUAUUAUAUUAUUCAUGCUAAAUUGCCAGGUCAUUUUGUAUAAAACAAUCAUAGCUCAUUAUAGCAUUAUAUGCUCGAGACUAAGUGGAAAAAAUAAGCUAUGAAAUGGAAUGUGCUCAUAGAAAUGCUAUCUAUCCAUCUCAAAGUGGUGGCAACAUGGGAAGUUCUUUAUCAUUAGAGUAUGGCACACAAUGCCAUAGUCUGCAUACACCAUCAAUUCCCGGAAAAUACCUUUAACCAAAGAUAAAUCUUCAGCGGGGUGGGGGGAAAGUAGAGGAGGGCUGAGAGAACUUUAUUACUGAAGUUUAGAAAAGCAGAUAAUCACAACUUUCAAUAAAAGGCUACCAGGAAUAAAGGAGAAUAGUGAUUUCUACCUUUGUAGUACAAAUCAGGCUGCUGGAGUAGUCCAAUUAUUAAUAAAUCCCUCUCUUGGUAAUGGGGCUAAAUGCUGUUGCUUGGAAGAUAUGGCCUUAGAGGAAUAACAAAUUAUCUUUUGAAAUUAAAAUAUUUCUCUAACCAAGAGCAUGAAGAAAUUUUACAUUUUUUGACAUUUAAGUUCUGAGUGCCACAAUUUUAGAGAGCUGUAAGAAAAAAAUUAAAAGUUGCUUUUGGAAAGAUUCAUAAAUAUUAGCUGAGAAAAGGAAGGUCAUGAUGCCCUUGAGAGACCACUAAUCUCACAACAUACUAAUUUUGAAUUCACCAUAUUUAUGUGAUGUGAAAAUUAAUAUUUUUAAUAAAUUACACAUU